AUGGUCAGAAAAAUCGGACACAAUGAUUCCACUUUCUGCAUAGUCUGGCGCAACAACAACAACAAUAACAUCAAAAUCAACAUCAGCCACUUUUGCAACAACGGAGACAAUAUCUUCAAAUAUGGAUCAAUGAAGCUGAUCAUGCUGAUGAUGAUAUUUGCAGGGCAAUCUGAGGGUCAAGCUAAUCAAACUGAACCGCAAUGCAACGUUCCAAAUUGUCAGAAUUGUCAGUCUCCAAACAGAUGCUCUCAAUGUAACAGUGGUUACAACUUGGAUGUUCAAUGCAACGUUGGCAAUUGUUUCGCUUGCAGCACGCCGAACGUGUGUGCGGUUUGCAACAAUGGAUACACUUUGAACGUCGCUAACAACAGAUGCGAUGUGCAGUGCAACGUUCCAAACUGUCAAACCUGUCAGUCACCCAACAGAUGUUCCCAAUGUAACAGUGGCUACAACUUGGAUAGCAAUGGAAAUUGCAUUCCGCAAUGCAACGUUCAGUUCUGCCAGCAAUGCCAAGCACCGAACAGAUGUUCCGUCUGUAACAGUGGCUACUUUCUGGAUAGUAAUGCAAACUGCAUACCCAUCCCAGUAUCAUGCAACGUGGCGAACUGCAAGUCAUGUCUCGUUGCAAAUGUAUGCAUCCAAUGCAACGAUGGAUACACGCUGGACACCAAUAACAACGUUUGCAGAAUCCAAUGUAACAUUGCUAACUGCUUGACGUGUAACUCUCCCAACGUGUGUGCAAUCUGCAACGUUGGAUACGUUUUGAAUGCGGCCAACAACAGAUGCGACGUGCAAUGCAGUGUUCCCAACUGUCAAAGUUGUCAGUCACCCAACAGAUGUUCUCAGUGUAACAGUGGCUACAACUUGGAUAGCAGUGGAAAUUGUGUUGCCCAAUGCAACGUUCAGUUCUGCCAGCAAUGCCAAGCACCAAACAAAUGUUCCGUCUGUAACAGUGGCUACUAUCUGGAUAGUAAUGCAAAUUGCAUUGCCAUCCCAGUAUCAUGCAACGUGGCGAACUGCAAGUCAUGUCUCGUUGCAAAUGUAUGCUUCCAAUGCAACGAUGGAUACACGCUGGACACCAAUAACAACGUUUGCAGAACACAAUGCAACGUUCAGUUUUGCCAGCAAUGCCAAGCACCGAACAGAUGUUCCGUCUGUAACAGUGGCUACUAUCUGGAUAGUAAUGCAAACUGCGUUCCAAUUCCGGUAUCAUGCAACGUGGCAAACUGCAAGUCAUGUCUCGUUGCAAAUGUAUGCAUCCAAUGCAACGAUGGAUACACGCUGGACACCAAUAACAACGUUUGCAGAAUCCAGUGUAAUAUUGGUAACUGCCUGACGUGUAACUCUCCGAACGUGUGUGCCAUCUGUAACGUUGGAUACACUUUGAAUGCCGCCAACAAAAGAUGCGAUGUACAGUGCAACGUCCCAAACUGUCAAAAUUGUCAGACACCCAACAGAUGUUCUCAGUGUAACAGUGGCUACAACUUGGAUAGCAAUGGAAACUGUAUUCUCCAAUGCAACGUUGCCAAUUGCUUCUCCUGCAACACACCGAACGUGUGUGCAGUCUGUAACAGUGGAUACAUUCUGAAUUCCGCUAACAACAGAUGCGACGUGCAAUGCAACGUUCCAAACUGUCAAUUCUGCCAGUCUCCAAACCAGUGCUCCCAAUGUAACAGUGGCUACAACCUGAACAAUGGGAACUGUUCUCUCGCCCCAAUCCCAUGCAACGUUGCCAACUGUCGAACAUGUCUCGUAGCGAAUGUCUGCUACCAGUGCAAUGAUGGUUACACACUCGAUACAAACAAUAACGCCUGCAGAAUUCAAUGCAACGUUGCCAAUUGUUUGUCGUGUAACACACCGAACGUGUGUGCGUUCUGCAACAGUGGAUACAACUUGAAUGUCGCUAACAACAGAUGCGAUGUCCAAUGCAACGUUGCCAAUUGCUUCUCCUGCAACACAUCGAACGUGUGUGCAGUCUGUAACAGUGGAUACAUUCUGAAUUCCGCUAACAACAGAUGCGACGUCCAGUGUAACGUUGCCAACUGUGUUUCGUGCAAUACACCGAACGUGUGUUCAGUUUGCUACCAAGGAUUCACUCUGAAUGUUGCUAACAGAUGCGAUGUCCAGUGUAACGUUGCCAACUGUGUCUCGUGCAAUACACCGAACGUGUGUGCAGUUUGCAACACUGGAUACACUUUGAACGCUGCCAACAACAGAUGCGAUGUGCAAUGCAACUUUCUAUUUUGUCAAACCUGUCAGUCACCCAACAGAUGUUCUCAGUGUAACAGUGGCUACAGCUUGGAUAGCAAUGAAAUCUGCAUUCCACAAUGCAACGUUCAGUUCUGCCAACAAUGCCGAGCACCGAACAGAUGUUCCGUCUGUAAUAGUGGCUACUAUCUGAAUAGUGAUGCAAACUGCGUCCAAAUUCCAAUAACGUGCAACGUUGCCAACUGUCGAUCAUGUCUCGUAGCGAAUGUCUGCUACCUGUGCAAUGAUGGUUACACGCUCGAUACCAACAAUAACGUCUGCAGAAGUGCGUUUUGUUUUGAAUAUCAUCCGUGCAGUGCAACGUUCCUAAUUGCCAGAACUGUCAGUCACCCAACAGAUGUUCCCAAUGUAACAGUGGCUACAAUCUGGAUGGCAAUGGAAACUGCAUUGCUCAGUGCAAUGUCCCAAACUGUCAACAAUGUCAGACACCCAACAGAUGUUCACAAUGUAACUGUGGUUACAGCUUGGAUAGCAAUGGGAACUGCGUUCCCCAGUGUAUUGUUCCAAACUGUCAGCAAUGUCAAACCCCCAACAAAUGUAGCCAAUGCAAUAGCGGUUACAACUUGGACAGCAAUGGAAGCUGCGUCCAUUUUGUCCAGCUUCAGUCAGAGGAGGAUCUAAACAACUUCAACGGGGGUGAACAAGCAAAGUCCAGUGGCACAUCACAUGGAAAACAUAAUAAGUUUGCCUUUUUGCCACAAUGGCCACAUCUUCUUUGUUUGGGCAUUUUUUGUAGAUGGUGAUGGAAGUGGGUUGUAGCUUGAAAUAAACAGAACUUAUUUAUUGGCCUCAGUUUGAAUUAUAAUUUGUUGUACGAUCUUACACAUUAUAGAUAACACUACAAGGAUCAGAUUUUAGUUUCAUUUCAUUAUCAUUUUGUUUUACGGACGUUUACUUUAUGUGCAGUGUGCUAUGAUUUUGUGUCAAAUAGUUGUACGAACAAAUUAUGUUAUAUGCGCCUGAUAAUUUUUGAAAUUGUUUCUGUUUUUUCUUUUUGGUGGCCUAUAAAGCAAAA